UGAUCGACAACAACAAAUCAAAAAGAAACUUGAUAGAACAGCAACAUUUCCAAUGGCUUCAAAUGAAUUCAAUAAUUCAAACUAUGUAACACAAGCAGAUGUAAAUGAAAUAUCUACCGAAUCUAAAGGCAUACAACGACCCAUUCAACAGCAAGUACAACAAAAUAUUAAUUUAUCAGUAACGAAUGAAGGAUCUUAUUCAUGGCAACCAAGUUUAGAAGCAGCAGCAGCUACAGCUGUUAUUAUGACCCGUUGUUGUGCAUUCAGAGAGCAGGAAGAACAGCCUAUUAAAUUCAAAGUUGAUCGACCAUUUUUAUUUUUCAUUCGUGAAAAUCGACAAAAUAUUGUUUUAUUUAGUGGCAAGUUUGCUUCACCACCAACAGCUUCAUAA